GACAGAGAAAAAGAGAGACUCGUGCCCUCGCCUGCUCCUCCCCCUCAGCGGUGACCCAGUCGCCGUGGCUCCGUCAGGGCCUCUCCCGCCGCAGGAUCCCGGCCUCCGCAGCCUUCUCCGCCACACCGCCGCCUGCCCGGUCUCCCCUCGAUAGCGACGACCUCCCGUUCUGGCAGCUGAAUUGGUUUUUAAUCCUCCUCCUCCUCCUCAUGGCCUUCUCCUAAUUCGCCCUCUCUAUCUUCCUUUACUUCGGCCUUGAGUUCCCCGCGGAGGCGAAGAGGGCGUCGAGAUUACUUACGGUAGUGUGGUUAAGCUGAUGCACUAGAGGACGACGUUUCGGUUGCAUUCGCUCGAUGUGCCGUAUGGUUCUGGGAGCGGGCAGCAGUUACUUACUGGAUUCCCAAAUGUGGAUGAUUCGAAUAGUUAUUUGAUUGUAAAAUCUCCACCUGAUUCCACUGCAAAACAGGCCAAUGUUAUCUCUAAUGAAACUUUCAUAUGGCUACAACAUAUGAGAACCCGAAAAUGGCUACAUAGCCACCAACAUACUUCACCAAUAACCGACAGUUUGGAGGUUAGUAAUCUUUUUGAUGUUCUAUAUUAGUCUCUAGCAUCAAACUUGCUGUUCACAUUGUAUCAGUUUUUAGCCAUUUGGAUUCUUCGAUUUGUGCAUGUCUACCUCUGAUGGUUUUCAUUGUUUGGAUCCUGCAUUUGCCCCAUACGAAUGCAUUUGUUAAUGCCAUAAGCUGCUUCUUGUCAUGCCAGCUUAAUUGGUUGCAGGAUGACAUUGACAAAAUGUAUUAAUACAGAAAGUCAUUAUUUGGCUCUAUCUUUGUACUUUGUCCAUAUGAUACUCUAAAUGCGAUAAACCAAAUAAGGGUUUACAGUUGCUGCAUUUGCAAAUGCAGAAAAACAGGCAACCACCAAUAAGUUGAUGCAUGCAUCAUCUUGUUUGUUUUCAUCCAUAGUCCAAAAAUCACAACAGGUCCCAGAAUCGUUAUAUUUGAAAAUGGGAUAUAGUUUUGUUUUGAUUCGUGUUCUUACAUCCUCAUUAUUUGACAUUUCUUUCUUUUUUGAGUCCAUCUCACUGCAAUAUGGUUUAAUGUAGAUCAUAAGUGGUCCUUAGAUCUCCUUCCAUCAUCUUAUAUAAUGUUUGUUCUACAAGCCUACGAUACCCUCUUGUUCUUUUUCCCUACACUUUAUUGGUGAUUGUUUUAAUUCUUUUACAUAGCUUAUAUAUACCAUUUGUCUUGACUUUCAUGGUACCAUAAGUAUGUCCUUAGUAUUCGAGGUUGUUGGUUGAUCCUCUUCAUUUACUAGAUAACACACAUGUCAGAUACUCCAAUUUAUAUUGCUGUGUAUUUGGUGCGGAUACAAAUACAUAUACUUUAUCGAUUACAUACUGGUAAUUGUUCUAAAUUCUUUUUACAUAGCUUAUGCAUGCCAUUUGUCUUACUUUCUUGGUUCCACGAGCAUGCUCUUGAUUAUUUGUUGGUUGUUGCUUGAUCCUCUUCAUUUUACUAGAUAACACUCAUGAUGGAUGCUGUGUUUACAAUGCUGUGAAUUUGGUGCAGAUAUAAAUACAAAUAUUUCGUCAAUUACCUGUUGUCAUUUGACCUUCCUCCUUCCUCUAGUUUGGGCCUAGUCCAACGAUACAAAUUCAUACAAUCAUGUUUAUGACAUGAGAUGUGUGUAUAAGAACAUGGAAGACAAAAACAAGAGUACCAAGGAAUUUGGAAAUUAAUUGGCAAACAAGGGUGCAAAGAUUAUUAAUUACUAAAAUAUUGUGAUGCUAGGAAUUAAGAUACUAAAAAAACAAAGGACAAUCUAACUGAGGCUAUCAAGAUAAAUGGUGUAACCAGAAAUAUAGAAUGAGAAAUGAUUGCACACUACUGCUAAUGAUGCCAAUCAAGAAUUUAGACAUCUUUGGCAAUGUUUAAGAACUAUGAUAGGGGAUAUUAAACCACUUCAACCUUUCUCUUAUAGAGGUCAUGGAAGAUGAAAAUGAACUUGAACAAAAAACAAAGAGAAAGAACAUUGUUGUUAUUUGAUUAUUUGGAAGUGUUGCCUUCAGUAGGCUAACUGACAACACAAGAUCCAUAUAACAGACAGAAAAUGGGUAUAAUGAAGAUUUGGUGUUAAUUGCUAUUGUUGAAUUCUGAUCAUGGUCUUUUUAUGCUGAGAUCAGUCUUUGUUGAGGCUUCUGUAUGAGGUAGGAACUCAGGUCACUGGUAACUUUGGUAUAACAGCAUUACUCUAUGAUAACCUGAUAACAUGAUCCAAACUGGAGUUUACUUCUUGUCCUCCUCUUCUCCCCAAACUGUAUGUGUUGUAGGGUCGAUCGACUUAAUCCGCUUGCACUCUCAAAUCCCGUGUCUUCUCGCUUCUCUGCUGUCAAGGUACCAAAUGAUGUCGAUUCUGCUGCACUAGGAAAAGGCCGUCACUGCUACACAAGAGGGAACAGUGAGAUCAGUACAACAAAGGAAUCUUAUCAUUUCCUCUUUUGCUUGGUCACCACAGUCCGAGUAAGCCCAGUCCAUGCUGCAGGUAGCUCUAAAAGGGUUUGCUCUGCCGGAAGAGACCAGAAGAGCAGCGGGGAAGAUGCCGUCGCACAAGACGUUCAGGAUCAAGAAGAAGCUGGCGAAGAAGAUGCGCCAGAACCGCCCCAUUCCCCACUGGAUCCGCAUGAGGACCGACAACACCAUCAGGUACAACGCCAAGCGCAGGCACUGGCGUCGCACAAAACUAGGGUUUUGAGGGCGCCCUAGGUCUCCUUGCUCACCCUCUUAGACAUUGAGUUCCUUUCUUGACUAUUUCAUUAUCAUCGAUAUAUUUCCUUGAAAAAAGCUCUUUCUCACGGUCUUUGAUUGAUUUUGCUACGAAGAGAUUGAGGAGGAUGAUCAUUUGUUUAACUAUUUGGAUUUAUCUAUUGGAAUGAUGCUGGUUCGAUAAAAUUUCCAUAAUGUGAAAAUAAAUCUUAAUGUGUGAUUUUGAUGCAUGAAACAAGUGCUAAGUUUGAUUCAGAUUCAUCAGUUUGAUUU